CGCAGUGGCGGGUUCGUGGGCGGCGGGACGCACCGGGCCGGGGGCUGGGGUGGGACCCGGCGUGCGCCAUGGAGCUGCUGUCGGCGCUGAGCCUGGGCGAGCUGGCGCUCAGCUUCUCCCGGGUGCCGCUCUUCCCCGUCUUCGACCUCAGCUACUUCAUCGUCUCCAUCCUCUACCUCAAGUAUGAGCCAGGAGCAGUGGAGCUGGCCCGGCGCCACCCUGUGGCCUCCUGGCUGUGCGCCAUGCUGCACUGCUUCGGCAGUUACAUCCUGGCUGACCUGCUCCUCGGGGAGCCCGUGAUCGACUACUUCAGCAACAACUCCAGCGUCCUGCUGGCCUCUGCCGUCUGGUACCUGAUUUUCUUCUGUCCCCUGGACCUCUUUUACAAGUGUGUCUGCUUCCUGCCCGUGAAACUCAUCUUCGUGGCCAUGAAGGAGGUGGUGAGAGUCCGAAAGAUCGCCGUGGGUAUCCACCACGCCCAUCACCACUACCACCACGGGUGGUUCGUCAUGAUUGCCACUGGCUGGGUCAAAGGCUCUGGGGUUGCCCUCAUGUCCAACUUUGAGCAGCUGCUCCGAGGGGUCUGGAAACCAGAGGCCAACGAGAUCUUGCACAUGUCCUUCCCCACCAAGGCCAGCCUGUAUGGAGCUAUCCUCUUCACCCUCCAGCAGACCCGCUGGCUCCCGGUGUCCAAAGCCAGUCUCAUCUUUAUCUUCACCAUGUUCAUGGUGUCCUGUAAGGUGUUCCUGACAGCCACCCACUCCCACAGCUCCCCUUUCGAUGUUCUGGAGGGCUAUGUCUGCCCCGUGCUGUUUGGGACGGCCUUGGCGGGUGACCAUCACCACGACAACCACGGUGGGGCCCAUGGAGGGGCCCACGGUGGCAGUGGGCCCGGCUCCCCGCACGCCGCCAUGGCCGCCAAGUCCAAGGAGGAGCUGAGUGAGGGCUCCAGGAAGAAGAAAACCAAGAAGGCAGAUUAGUGCAGUAGCCCAAGGGGAGAAGACCCAGACCCAGAACCUUCAGAGUCCUGGGCGGGGGAGGUGUCCUGGGCUCAUUUGUCCCCUCUCCAGGCCUCACCUUCCCUGUCCGCAAACUGGGGCCCUUAGCCCACCCUCUGGGGCUGCUGGGAAGGGUUAGAUGAGAUAUGGGGUAAAGGGCGUUUGUAGGAAUGGGGUUUCUCUCUGUGGAACCCCUGUGGAGCCAGAUUUGGGGGGAGGGGGAGUGAGGCACAGAAUCAUGGAGUGGCUCCAGAAACACUGGCAGUCAUGUUCCUGGCUCUCUUAUUUCCUUCUAAAAUUAUGUUUUGACUGUAUUUCAAGCAUCAUUGAGACAUUUAUUUGACGGACGAUUCCUGAGUACCUUCUGUGAGACAGCUGCUGUGAUUGCCACAUCUUGCUGACUCCUCCUGGGCAUCCCGGGGCGAGGGGCCUCCUUCUCUGAGCCUUGCGCUCCCCAUCUGUGGAAUGGGGGCCCCUGGCCCUGCUCUGCACAAGAGCUGAUGUGAGGCUGGACGUGAGCCAGCCUUCCGUGCUCAGAAGCAUCGUGCAGUCAGAGGGGGGCCGUGGCGGGGGUUCCCUGUGCUUGAGAACUGCUUUGUGCUUUAGAUCGUUUGUGUCUGUGGGGUGGAUAUCCCCACAAGGUACCUGGCAGGAAGGAGGCCUUGAGCAGACACAUCUGGGCCGGACUUGAGGAUGUGGGAGGGUGGGAAAGGCUUGUUCUGACCUUUGGCUUCGGGCUACCCCCAAACCAAAGACAUCCAGCUGGCUGAGCCCUGGAAGCAUCAGACCUUCCUCAUGCCGGCCCAUUGUUGGUCAUUCAGUCACUCAACAAACAUGUUUCCGCCUACUCUGCCAAGCCUCGCGCUGCUGCUGGGCAGGCUGGGACUUGCUUCUGGGUGAAUGAGGAGGAUGGUAGCUGAAGGCCCCUCCCAGCUGCCUUCAUCUAAUCCUAGGUCACCAGGUCUGAGAGAGCUGGGUAGAUUGAGUAUGGCCAUUCGCAGGUGGGAGUUUGGGCUCAGGCCAGCCAGAGGGUGCCCUCUGCACAUGGGUGCUCAGAGUGUGCUCAGGGCAUUAGCCUGCAGCUGCUUCAAGGUUGUCUUGGGGUUAUUGGGGUCCCAGGUGUUGCCCAGCUGCUGGGAAAGUGCCUUGAUCUGGUGACACCUGGGAGCUGGACGGGUCCUAAGACUGCAAGGCCCUGAAUUCACCCUCUUGCAUGUCCAUCAAGGCUCAGCAUGAAGGUUCAGCAAAUAAAUCUGUUGUGAGAGAA